AUGAGAUUAUGCUACCUCUUUGUAGUUCUCACGGUUAUAGUGUCUGCAAGAUUUUUUGACGUAUGUCCAGGAAGAAGACAAUCAAUUGGAGCUUGCCUCGUCGGUUUAUGCCCCGCUGGUUCAGAAUGUAUCAAUUCCUAUUGUUGUAAAAACAAAAAAUCAAAUUCAAAUAAUCCAUUGGAUAUGGUCGAGGUAGAAGCUGAAGAAACCUCUGAGUAUCCUGCCUGUCCAAAUGGUGGAAAGUCUAUCGGAGAGUGCAUUUCCAAUUCCUGUCCUUUAGGGUAUCAUUGUAGUGCUGGAUUGUGUUGUGAUUCUGAGACUGUUGGACUCAAAAAAUGGUCAUUAAAAUCUAGAAAAGAGGAAGAGGUUCCCAUGAAGUCAUCUCCAAUUAGUCUUAUCACAGUUGCUCCAGAUGAGAGUUCUGAAAACGAGGCAAAGAAGAAAAUGAAGGAAAGUGAGGAAGAAAUGGAAGAGCGUAACUCAACGUUUGCUCCGGAUGUGAGCGAGAAUUGUUGUUUGGAAAAACAAGUUGAUAUUUAUCAGAAGGAAAUUGUCGAUGAAGAGGACUCAGAGUUAGAAGAAGAGGAGGAGACAACUACACCAAUAUCAACGACAACCACAACUACUACCACAACAGCUACCACUGAGCCAUCGACUACAUCUGAAUACAAGAGAAAGUUAAAGAGGGUCAAAUCGAAACGUCCAAAAACAACCGCUAGAACUACAACUACCAGCACUACCACUGAACCACCAACAACAACUAGCGAAGAAAUCACAACCACCACAGAGGAAGAAAUUACUGAAAUUGACACUCAGACACCCAUCGUUGAAGAAGUGACGGAACCUCAUUUUGUGUGUCCAGUGGGAGCGCCGAUUGGAGAAUGUAUUGCAAACAAGUGCCCGGAAGGUCAUGGUUGUGUUGAAGGCCAAUGUUGUAUUCUGACACCUCAAAUUAACUGCACUGACACUUUGGCCGGAUGUCUUACACACCUUUGUGACAGAAAAGGAUACCGGCAGUUUAUGACUAAUAACUGUGCAAAAACAUGUGCGAGAUGUCACUUGGUCAACAUUACACCAAGUGAAAUCCACGACUGCAGGGAUCGUCGUUCCGAUUGUGAAGAGUGGGCUGCCGAGGGAUUCUGUGAGAGCUCUUUAUACACGACUAGACAAAAACUGAAGUUCUGCGGAAAGAGUUGUAAAUUAUGCUAA